AUGAAGAAGGGAGAUGAGAGAGAGCUGAAGUCCCUCAAGAACCUUCUUGUUGAUGCAAAAGGAAGAGACAUAAAAGUUGUAUCUGCUUUGAUAAAAAAAUGCUGGAAAGGAACAUCUUCCUAUUUUGACAAAAAUGAAGGCUCUGUAACGGAGAGGAUAAAUGAACUCACAGAGAUACAGAAUGCCCGCAUUCAAGUUGCAUAUAAGAAGUUAUUUGCGAAAUCUCGGAUAGAGCACUUCAUCCAUGCGGACUUGGUAAGUAUCGCGAUCUCUUGCAAGAUAGAUAUGCAAAUGAAGUCUAUAGCACCCACAGGGCAGAUAUUUGAGAUACAUGCCCAUCUACAUGGAAUUCUGUUAUGA